AUGGCACAGCAAUAUCAGCUACCUUUUAAGCUCAAUGACCCUACUCUGUUGCAUUUCGACUCGUUUGUCGGCAACAACUGGGUGACUGCCAAAAGCGGGAAGCGAUUCGAAGUACUUGACCCCGGCACCGAUCAAGCAUGGGCAAGCUGCCCCAACAACAGCGCUGAAGAUGUCGACGUCGCCGUUCAAAACUCCCACGCUGCCUUCGAAGAAUUCCGCAAAGUGAGCCCACGCCAGCGCGCCAAGUGGUUACUCAAGUGGCAUGACUUGGCCACCCAGGCGCGGGACGACCUCGCCCAAAUUGUCACCCACGAGACCGGAAAGCCACUGGCAGAAUCAUACGGCGAGCUGGAUUACUCUCUCGGUUUCCUGUGGUGGUUCGCAGGCGAGGCGGAGCGUAUUCAGGGUACCGUGUCGGUCCCUGCGGCAGCUAACCGCCGCCUGUUCACCAUCAAGCAGCCAAUCGGCGUCGCCGCUGCGCUGGUGCCCUGGAAUUUCCCCGUGGCUAUGGUUCUACGCAAGGUUGGUGCUGCGAUGGCAGCUGGGUGUACAAUGGUGGUGAAGCCUAGUCCUGAGACCCCGAUCUCAGCGUUGGUACUGGCAGAGUUGGCGCAGCGCGCUGGUAUCCCGGCUGGUGUUUUGAACGUGCUUACUACGGACUUGGAGAACACCCCGCCACUGAGCGAGGCUCUAUGCAAGCAUCCGCUCGUCAAGAAGGUGACCUUUACUGGCUCGACUCGGGUCGGUAAGCUGGUCGCUGGGCACUGCGCUCAGGGCCUGAAGAAGCUCACUCUCGAGUUGGGAGGCAACUGCCCCUUCAUCGUGUUUGACGAUGCCAAUAUAGAUCAGGCUCUCGACCAGCUCAUGGCUCUUAAGUGGCGCCAUGCCGGUCAGGCUUGUAUCACGGCUAACCGCAUCUACGUUCAAGCUGGUAUUCAUGAUCGCUUUGCCUCGCUAUUGAAGGAGCGUACAAGUGCACUGGUGGUCGGCCAUGGUGCUUCGGCUCAUACCACCAUGGGGCCUCUGACUACACCUCGUAGCAUUGACAAGGCUAUCAGCCAGGUGGAGGAUGCUCGUAAGCAUGGUGCGCAGGUCAUCCUGGGCGGCAAACCCUUGACCUCGCAGAAGGGAUAUUUCUUCGAACCAACCAUCUUGUCCGGCAUGACGGAGGAUAUGCAGAUUUCUCACGAGGAGUCCUUCGCGCCCAUCGCCGCUCUUUACAAAUUUGAGAGCGAAGACGAGGCGGUUAAGUUGGCGAAUGCGACUAGCAUGGGCUUGGCUAGCUAUGCAUUCACCAAGAACAUUGAUCGCAUGUGGCGUUUGUUAGAGAACUUGGAGGCCGGUAUGAUCGGAAUGAACACUGGAAACCAAUCGGCCGCCGAGUCACCAUUUGGCGGCAUCAAGGAGUCAGGGUAUGGAAAGGAGAGUGGCAAGGAUGUCGCUGUCAAUGAGUAUCUAGUCACUAAAACGGGAACAUUGACCAUCGAGGGCCAGUAUUGA